ACCAAACCAAACGAAACGGAGAUACUGACUAAUUGGUUAUGCCAAAUAAAGCCUUAGGGUUGAUUUCAUUCGUUCGUUCGUUCGUUCGUCCUCAAAUCAUUCAUUCAUUGAUUCAUUCGUACAAAGCGAUUGAUUUCAGAGGCGGAGUUUUAAUUUUGGUGUCGAUUAUCGGGCAUGGCAGGCAUGGAAGGCGUAUUGGGAGCGCAAGAUCAAACCCAGCAGCCUCAACAGCAACAGCAACAGCAACAGCAACAGAAGGUUGUUGAGAGGUUGAACCCUGCGGUGCAGCAACAACUCAACCUCGACUCCGUCAAGACUCGAGCCAUCAGCCUCUUCAAAGCCAUUUCUCGCAUCCUUGAAGAGAUUGACGCCCUUUCCCGCACCAAUUCGGUCCCCAAAUGGCAAGAUGUAUUGGGCCAAUUUUCUAUGGUGAAUCUUGAGCUUUUCAACAUUGUGGAAGACAUUAAGAAGGUCUCCAAGGCUUUUGUUGUACAUCCGAAGAACGUUAAUGCCGAGAAUGCUACAAUUCUGCCUGUUAUGUUGUCAUCAAAGCUGUUGCCUGAGAUGGAAAUGGAUGACAAUGUCAAGAGAGAGCAGUUGUUACAUGGGAUGCAAAUCCUGCCAGUACCCAUACAAAUUGAAAAAUUAAAGAUGAGAAUUGAUAUGAUUGGAGCAGCCUGUGAAAGUGCUGAAAAAGUUAUAGCUGAUACUCGUAAAGCCUAUUUUAGCACUCGACAGGGGCCUACAACUGUUCCAACUUUAGACAAGGGUCAAGCUGCAAAGAUUCAAGAACAUGAGAAUUUACUUCGGAAUGCUGUAAAUCAUGGUGAUGGUUUGCGAAUGACUGGAGACCACAGGCAGAUUACAUCUGCACUUCCGUUGCAUCUUGUAGAUGUACUCACUGUGGCUGAUGGUCCACAGACUUUUCCUGAUGCAUCUGGCAUGUAUAUGAAGAAUACUCCUCCGCUGUCAUCAAACAACAUUAACAGUCAGGGUAAUUUGUUACAGGCUUCUGGUGCACAACUCAUUGGAAGAGCAGCUGCUUCUCCUUCUGGUGCUACAGCGGCGACCCCCUUUGAUAGUGCAGCAGCAUCUCCACUUCCAUAUGCCAAUUCUCCUAGGUCUGGCACAAAUAUGAUGAAUACACCUUCUCCUCAGCAACAAUCACAGCAGCAGCAGCAGCAACAACAACAACAGCAGCAGCAGCAGCAGCAAAGGCAGAAAAUGAUGCAAUUGCCUCAGCAUCAGCAGCAACUCUUAGCCCAACAACAGCAAUUUAGGCAAGCUUCACUUCCUGGACUGGGACAGAACCAACUGGCACAGCUGCAGGAUUUGCAGGGGCAGGCUCAGCAGAAAUUUCAGACGUUACAUGGUCAGCACCAAAUGCAGUUCUCUCAGACAUUGGGAGCCCAGCAAUUUCAGGGUAGGCAACUGCCUUCUGGACCCAUUCAGCAUGCCAUUGGUCAAAGCCAACUCAACCAAGGGAAUCAGUUGAAUCGUCAUUUAAACCAGUUUUCUAGCUCUGCCAAUAGUGCAUUGUUUAAUGCUGCUCAGGGUACUCCAAAUACCCAAAUGAUGUCAAACAUGUCAGCUGCAAUGCAAUCACAAUCACUUAUGCCAAGGAUGCAGUUUGGAUUAUCUGGCACCAAUCGGAAUCAAAUUCUGAGUGAUCAAAUGUUCAACAUGGGAGGAGGCAAUCCUGGGAAUAUGAUGCCAAUCCAACAGCAACAUGGCUCGCAAGGUGCAUUUGGAAACAUGCCGCAAAAUCCUCAGAAUUUACAACCUGGUAUGGUCGCCCUCCAGAAUGCUCAACAAAAUCAUCCUAACUUUCAGCAACAGCGACAGCAAAACCAACAGUGACAUAAUACAGUCUCGCACUUCAGUACAGAUAAACUGGGUUUUAGUUGUUAAUAACUUGCCUACAAGCUGGGUUUUAUUAGUUGUUAAUAACUUUCAAGGUAAAGUGGGGUGUGGCUUUAUUUUUUAAGCCUUUUUAUUGGUAAAAUAAAAUCAGAUAUUUCUCCAA